GUUGGAUGGCAUCACCGACUCAACAGGCUCUGGAGUUUGAGCAGGCUCUGGAAGUUGGUGAUGGACAGGGAAGCCUCAUGGGGUCACAAAGAGUCGGACAGGACUGAGCGACUGAACUGAACAAAGCAAAUGUUAUCCUAAAAGUUUCUUGGUUAACCAAUACAUAAAGGGAAAAAGUCUGUUUCCCAAACAAUUUAACUUAUUAUACAGUCCAAAUACUCAUUUCCGGUACAUCAGUUCGGAAACUGACCCAUGCCCUCCUGCCUGGGCGGCAGAAGUCUAGGUACACAUGAUGUCAUCUCCCCAGUCUUUGCCACAGGAUUUAAUGCACCUGCUCUCCUGAUGUCUGGCCACUGUGAAUGCCCAGCCUGACCCUACCCUUGCACUUGGUGUUCAAAUUGCUGUCCAAAGAGAGAUAGGCUGUAACCCCAUAAACUGGCCUCUGCCCCUCAGAGGCUGGUGGCUGGUGGCAGAAAGCUGAGCUGAUGCAGACUAAGGCAGAAGCCUGUUUCUAGCAUUCCAGGGCAGCUGUGCCCAAUUCCAUGAGAUGGUCCUGGGUUGAGCACAGGAUGAGAAGUGGUUGGAACCUUGAGAGGCAGAAUUAUUCCUACCACCUGCAGAUAGACCCACAAAGGCUGCAAGACCCACAAAGGCUGCACUGCCCCUUUAAAAGGGCCCCCUAUCAGGGGCUUGCUUGGAGGAGGGGCCAUCUUGGAGGAGAGGGGAUAGCUAUGCCCCGCCCAAAGCUCCUUUCACUGGAGUGACCCGACCCUGGUGUCCAGGUGUGAGGAGGAUUAUCCCACCCAACCCAUUUUACAGGUGGGCAAACAAGCCCUCAGGAAGGGUGGUCAUAGAUCUCCUCAGACUUAUUAACAAGCUGCUGGGCCCCUCCCUCUUCGGCCCCCAACCUUUCUACCAGGGAAAGCCCUGAGCUAGGUGGGAUUCAGGGAGACCCCAUGAGUUGCCUCUCUCAGGGCCACCAUUUGGUGUGUCAGAGAGGGCUGUGAAAGGUCUCUAGAUCUAAGGGCAGGAGCUUGAGAAAGCAGCCAGGGAAGUGGAUCGAUGAGACCUCACGGGCACAGGCCAGGCUGAAGAAGGAGUCCAAUGAUUUCAGAUCCCUGGGAAGAUGGGAGGAGGAGGCAUCUGAUGACCCCAGGGCCAGCAGCUGAACAUACACUAGGAAGGGAAGAGGAUUGGUGGCAAGCUCUCCCCCACCAAGACGUCAUUGGAGCCUGCGGGCCCAGAGCACGGGGUAGAACCACCUGCUCAAUAAAUCUCGGGGCUGCCUGGCUGGGUUCCGCUGCUGCCUGGAAGAGCCACCUGCAAGGAGCCACUUGGCCCACAGCCCUCCCCCAGUGAGUGAAGAGCCACCCUCCCCCAGGCUGAGGCUUGUCCAGAUGCAGCUCUCUUCUAGAUGCAUGGCACACUGCUCCUCUUCCCCCUCCCAAGCCCCUCUACCCCGGCCCAUACCCAGAAAAGCCCCCUUUCCUUCAUCUCUUGCCAGCAACACUAUGCCUGUGCCCACUGCCCCUGGCGUGGCAGGGACAAAGGGUAGAAGCCCUUGGCCCUGUAUCCACACACCCAUUCCACAUCCCCAAUUGCCAUGGAAGGAAGAGAAAGCAACUCACAAGGAAAAGGUCUCCCAGCAUGGGGGGGAGAGGGGGGCGGGGGGCCCAAGUGCUUCCACACUGCUGCCUGUCUCUUGGACAUCUCCCCUACACCCUCUCUAACUUCACUUCUAGGAUCCCUGAGGAAAGAAAGGGUAGGCCUGCCAUACUGGGGAGGGCCCUCAGCUGGCAAAGUUGGGAGACUCUGCCCCAGGGGCUCUGGGAGGUGGCUCGUUGCCAGGAGCCCUCAGAGUCCAGACCCCUGUAGUCCUGGGAUAAGAAGCAAUAAUAGGAUGAGAGAAGAACAUUAGGAGACAAUAAAUCUGCCCUAGAAGUGCCAGUUGUCCAAGGGGACCCUGGAGGAAGAGGAAGGCGGUCUGUCUGGGAGUGCCAGACUCAAGUGCUGUCCACUGUCUAUGGGAGCAGCCCUGCUAUGGCCAGCUUUGGGCUAGGCCUCCUGCUGCUGCUGACCACCUACCCUGGACCCUCAAAGGCUCAACACUGGUCCCACGGCUGGUAUCCUGGAGGAAAACGAGCCUCCAGCUUACCCCGGGACCCUCAGCAUCCUCCUAGGCCCCCAGCUCAAAGCCCAGGCCAAAUUGCCCAUACCCUCCCAAGUGAUGCUCUGGCUUGGCCUGAGGACAGUGUGCCCUGGAAGAGCAAGACCAUGACCCGGUGGCUUCUUCGUGGGAAGCAGCACCUGGUGCAGACACUGCUGGUAAGUAAAGUGGAAGGCCCCCACCCUUGGCCACUACAGGGCCAGCUAAGAACUGAGGGGGUCGGGGGAUGAUACACCACUGAGAUGCCUCCUGGUACAGCUAGCUAUGGGCGCCGUUAUCUGAUACUCCAGAAUUCUCGACAAUUUAUGAUAUACUAACAAUUUAUGAUGAUAUGACAGUGACAAUUUAUGAUGAGAUGCCCCCUGUGUCCCUGCUGUUGGGCUUCCCUGAUGGUUCAGUAGGUAAAGAAUCUGUAUGCCCAAUGAGCUAGAAAACCCGCACGCUGAAUCCUCUAAAGAGGCAAGGGGCAACGACAGGACGUGGGAGUCGCAAAACGCGGUAGGCCGCUCCGGCGCAGAGAAGCCAAGCUGGGAGGGGAGAAAGAGGGAAUAGAAACAGGAGGGGCGGGGAAGUGGGGGCGGGUAAAGCCACAGUUCGGCGGUCAGGUGACCAGAACGUCCACUGGAAUGACCGCCCCCUUCUGCAGACUGGACCCCGAGGGCCACGCCCCGCCGCCCUCCAAUAAAGGUGUGAGACCCCUAAAGUUCUUGCAUCGAGUUCUCUUUUUUUUCUCCUUUCUCUCACCCCUGCUGACACUUCUCUCUCUUGGUCUCCUCUCUCCCUCAUUCCUACUCCCUGCAUGGGAGCUGGAGGGAUGCGG